UCGGCGAUUCCGCGAUACCAUUCUUGAGUUUUCUCGUAACCACGCACUCGUGGAAGAGGAGGUUCGGCCACAACGUGCUCGGUCCCCAGUCAUGCGAUAUUACUUUUUGGGAAAGCCACUAUGGGUCCGAUGUCGCGGUUAGUUGUUUUGAUUGCGUUUUUCUUGUGUUUUCUAAGUACUUUUGGUGCCAAUCUAAGUGGAAACGUCGCUAGUACUUUUAAUAUAACUGAUGAUAGCGAAGCAUUGGUAUCCAGUACGCCGAUUGAAGAAGAUGUAUCAACAUCCGCAACAGAACCUUCUAUUAAAAUUAAAAUACAGCCUAAACUAGUCCAUAAAGCAGCAAUAAACAAACUCCAAGUAAUUAAGAAAAGCACUCAACCAAGUAACUCAUCUAAAAUUUUGUCUAGUAAGAAACAGGUAGUAAAGCAAUUUAAAAAAUCAAACGUAACUACUAAACAAACUAGUCCAAUUCCCUCUAAAAAGACCUUAUCGGUCAGGAUUCAGAAAGUAACAAGAAAACCUGCCAAAUCAGUGCAGCAAAUUGUUAAAGGUGAUAUUGGGACUAUUAGUGAUGGUGGACAUGGUGGUCAUGGUGGUCAUGGUGGUCAUGGUGGCCAUGGUGGUCAUGGUGGCCAUGGUGGUCAUGGUGGCCAUGGUGGGCAUGGAGGCAAAAGAAAAAGAAAACGUCGUAAAAGCUGCACAGAAAAAGACAAAGAAGAAAAAGGAUUUAUGGAGAAGAUGCUUCCCAUGCUGGCGACUCCUUUCCUAAUCUCUUCCUCAAUGGUACCAAUGAUGUUGGUUUCUAUGUUAUUUACGAUGAUAAAAAGUGCGUUUUUAGGAAAAAUUGGAUUAAUAUUGAUGUUAAUCAAUAUGUUUUCGAAUAGAAGAAAUCAAGGUUCAGUAAGCACUCACAAUCUGAAUAUGGACCAACCAAAUAAUCAAGUCGCCAUGGCACAUUAUGGAUGGCAUGGGGAUGAAGAAUAUGGGGCUUAUGUCAAUAAAAAACGGUGAUAGUGAUAAAAAGUAACUUUUGAUAGUUUAAUGUUUCUGAUGGUACAAAAUUUGUUACUAACUAAUGUGCAAACAUUAAUUAAUUAAUAUGUUAGCAGUAUAGACAAGUAAUUGACAAGUGACACUUACAUUUUUUGAGACGGUAAAAAGAACGCUCUAAAUAGCCAAAAAUUAUUUUAAGAUUUUUAAAUUUUAAAACUAAUUUUAUUAUUAAUUUAUUAUUUAUUACUCUAUUUUAACACGAAUAGAUAAAUUAAAUGUU